CCUAUCUAGUUUCGUUGUUCCUUUUUUGCUUUCUUUUUUUCUUUUCGCAUUGUGUAUUUUUUCUCAUUAUUUAUAACCAAAUCUGAAAUUACAGAAUACGAAUUCUCUUGCUUUUUUUUAUUGAAUUUUCAAUUUGGAUCGAGAAAAAAAAAUGGAGGCAUUGGAUUACCACGCCGAAGAAAGGCGCAAGGCAGAGUUCGAUUUGGAAGAGAUGAAGAUCGUUUGGGCUGGUUCUCGUCAAAACUAUGAAAUCUCCGAUCGAAUGGCUCGUCUCGUCGCUAGCGAUCCGGUCUUUCGAAAGGAUAACAGAACUAUGCUAAGCAGGAAGGACUUGUUUAAAGAUACUUUGAGAAAAGCUGCUCAUGCAUGGAAGCGGAUAAUUGAGCUUCGUCUCUCUGAAGAAGAGGCCCAUAUGCUAAGGUCUUAUGUGGAUCAGCCUGCUUUCACAGAUCUUCACUGGGGAAUGUUUAUACCUGCAAUUAAAGGACAAGGAACUGAGGAACAGCAUGAGAAGUGGUUGCCAAUGGCAUAUAAGAUGCAAAUAAUUGGAUGCUAUGCACAAACUGAACUUGGUCAUGGCUCCAAUGUCCAAGGGCUUGAGACCACUGCAACAUUUGAUCCUCAGACUGAUGAAUUUGUCAUUCAUAGUCCAACAUUGACUUCAAGCAAAUGGUGGCCUGGUGGAUUGGGUAAAGUAUCCACACAUGCUGUGGUCUAUGCACGUCUUAUAACAGGUGCUCAAGACCAUGGAGUGCAUGGUUUUAUUGUCCAGCUGCGUAGUUUGGAUGAUCACUCACCUCUUCCAGGCAUAACAGUAGGUGAUAUUGGAAUGAAAUUUGGAAGUGGGGCAUAUAACAGCAUGGACAAUGGUCUUCUGAGAUUUGAUCAUGUGCGCAUUCCAAGGAACCAAAUGCUAAUGCGUGUUUCACAGGUUACAAGAGAAGGGAAAUUUGUGCAAUCUGAUGUGCCUCGCCAGCUGGUUUAUGGCACUAUGGUCUAUGUCCGACAAACAAUUGUAUCUGAUGCUUCUUGUGCUUUAGCUAGAGCAGUUUGUAUUGCAACAAGGUACAGUGCUGUUCGUAGACAAUUUGGUUCCCAGAAUGGCGGUCCAGAGACCCAGGUGAUUGACUAUAAAACUCAGCAAAGCAGACUCUUUCCUUUGCUUGCUUCUGCCUAUGCUUUCAGAUUUGUUGGUGAGUGGCUGAAAUGGCUAUACACUGAUGUGACACAAAGAUUGCAAGCCAGUGAUUUCUCCACAUUACCCGAGGCUCAUGCAUGUACUGCAGGGUUAAAAUCUAUGACUACUUCUGUAACUGCAGAUGCUAUUGAAGAAUGCCGGAAAUUAUGUGGUGGUCAUGGUUAUCUCUCUAACAGUGGGCUCCCUGAGUUAUUUGCAGUUUAUAUACCUACCUGUACCUAUGAAGGAGACAAUGUUGUGCUGCUCUUACAGGUUGCAAGAUUUCUCAUGAAAACCGUUUCCCAGCUGGGGUCAGGGAAGAAGCCUGUUGGAACAACAGCUUACAUGGGACGAGCAGAACACCUCAUGCAGUGCCGCUGUGAAGUUGAAAGGGCUGAAGAUUGGCUAAAGCCAAGUGUAAUAUUGGAGGCAUUUGAAGCGAGGGCUUUUAGGAUGUCUAUUGCCUGCGCAAAAAACCUUAGCAAAUUUUCAAACCCAGAAGACGGUUUUUCUGAACUUUCGCCUGAUUUGCUUGAGGCUGCAAUUGCUCAUUGUCAAUUAAUUGUUGUUUCCAAGUACAUUGAGAAACUGCAACAAGACAUACCAGGGAAAGGAGUGAAAAGACAGUUGGAGAUUCUGUGUAAUGUAUACGCUUUGCAUCUUUUACACAAACAUCUCGGUGAUUUCGUCACAACCAGCUGCAUUACCCCGAAGCAAGGUGCACUAGCAAAUGAACAGCUGAGAUUGUUGUACUCCCAGGUCCGUCCAAAUGCCAUUACCCUUGUAGAUGCAUUCAAUUACACCGACCACUACCUUGGCUCGGUCCUCGGUUGCUAUAAUGGAAACGUCUAUCAAAGGCUCUAUGAGGAAGCAUGGAAGGAUCCUUUGAACGAUACAGUCGUGCCAGAUGGUUACCUCGAAUAUGUUUGGCCAAUAUUGAAGCAACAUAUUCGCACUGCAAGACUCUAACAAAUAACCAAAGCACCGUGCCAUUUUGAACCACAUAUUAAGGUCAUUAACGAAUAAAGUGAUGAGAUAUCUACCACCUCAAAGGUCAGGUAUCGCUGCUUUAGACUUCUAGUAUCUCCAAUCUCUUGGAUUAUGGCAUUAGUUAUUUACUUAAAAAUUGUGGUGUGAUAAAUUUAAGGAUAUACUUUUAGUAAGCUCAUUUAUUUAUUUUGUGUUCUUGGGAUUUAAAAGCAAACUUCAAUUUAAUUUAUAAACAUUUUUUUGAA